AUGUCACGCCGACGAGAUCGCCGACUUCUGCAGGAUUCAAAAGUCAUCCCUACAAACCAUGUCGCUGCCCAACACCAUCUGCUCGUUAUGGACUUGAAAAUCUCCCGUCCAAGGAAGAGACAUCCAAGGACUGAAACACAGCGCAUCAAAUGGUGGAAUCUGAAAGAUCGAAAAGAGAUAUUUUUUGCCUCCGUGGCUCCAUCUGCACUUCCCCACCCUACUCGUAGUGUGGAGGAAAUGUGGUCGUCUACUUCCAGCGUUAUACGCUUGACCGCGGAAAACAUUCUGGGAAAGACGACUCUAGGUAAGCCCAAGGCACAAAAGGCUACGUGGUUUUGGAACGAGGAGGUUCAGGCGGCAAUUCGUGAGAAGAAGUCCAAGUAUAAGCUCUGGUGGAGGACGCGUCAGCCUGAAGAUCGGGGUGCUUACCUGGCGGCGAAGAGGGAGGUCAAGGCAGUCUCCAAGGCGAAGUCGGACCGCUACAAGGCUGUGUACGACAUGCUUGAUACCAGAGAAGGCGAGCGGGCAGUGUACCGUUUAGUCAGAGCACGUCAUCGUUCAGCGUUGGAUAUGGAGCACACCAAGAUCGUUAAGGGAGCUGAUGGAGCCGUUCUGCGCCGCUCUGGUCAGAUCCCUGAGUGGUGGCGAGAGUACUACAAGUACUUGUGUAACGAAGAGUUCUGCAAUUCUCCGAUCCCAACUAUUCCCAGCGUCGAGGGUCCUGUCGUCCUGUUACUGCCGUCGAUGUCAGUGCUGCCCUCGCAAUAA